UUUUUUUUUGUUUUUAUCCAUUGUCUUGUCAUCACAGAUCCCUUCUCAUCACAUUUCAUUCUAUCCUAUUCCAUUCUUUCCUCCACUCUCGCACCCUCACAUCCUUCCUUGCUCACUUUUCAUCUAUUCUCUCAAUCUUAUCUUAGUUGUUAUUAUUUUCUUCGCUAUAGCCUGACAACCUUAUGGCCACUGAAACAGAUAUUGAUAACACUAAUGUCUCGACACAUGCUUCUCCUAACGUAAUCAACAAACAGGCUGUAAAGAUCAUGGAUAUGGACAAAGUCUCAGCUGCAAUGGGAACAUAUAUGCUCCAAGGAUGGGCAAUGCUCAAUGACGGUUGCCCGGACUGCAAUACACCAUUGAUGUGCAAUCGGGAGGCUACCAGCCAGAUCUGUGUAAACUGCCAGCUGAACCCACCUGUUGAUUCCGUGGAAGCGAACCAGACCCAGGCAAGUCCACAAUCAGAUGGACAGAUCCUGUCCCAGACGGCAUCAUCUAUCUCACCCUCAUCACCAUCACCGUUACCAGCCGUACACACCUUGUCCACACCUGCGCCAACCACGGCUUUGCCUGCGCCGCCCUCUGGUCCACGCUCAACCUCUCCACAGAAUCAUCGCGUGUCCGCGUUGGAGCCCAUGGCGGAGGCACGCAGGCCCUUGCGUCCUGUUGGCAACCGCAACAUUGGAGGAUCUGGACCUGCACCCCCUUCUACACCUCCUCCUCGCUCAUCCACAUCUCUACCCGCGCCACCUACCACACCUCCUCCUUCUGGAGUGAUAAAAUCAGCAUUGGGUUCAUUAUCCUCCAAACCCAACAUUCCUCGGCCUCCAGGACAACCUCCUUCCCUUCCCUUGUCUCCUCCCCCGGCUAGUACUCAUUUCACUCAGCCUGUACCAAGAGACAUGCGACGUUCUCCUCAAUCGUCCAUAAUUCUCUCAGGCAAUAUUCUGCCUCCCUCGACACCAUUGCCAGCACUUCCUGGCCCCAGCUCAACUCCGCCUUCCUUCCCUAGCCCUCCUGCUCAAACAUCUUCAUCUGCUAGUACCCCAGAGACAGAGAUGAACUCUACCGCUGCCACCGCAGAGAGGCAGGAAUCAGCAAAUGAACUAUCAACUGAUGGGGAAGAGAGCAUCGUCAAAGCGGAGGCUAUUGGCCCUAUAACAAAUACAUCGGAUGUUGAAUCAUCAAAAGUCGCAGCCGAGUUUGUUCAGGAAUAUAAACCUGAGAUUUCUGAGCUACACCAAAAUUCUACAGAGGGACCAACUCAGGGUGAGAAUCAGGAUCAGAAGCAGGAGCAUCAACAGUCUUCAACCUCAGGGGAUGGGGGUGAAGAUGACAAGGGUGCAGAGAGUGAUGAUGAUUUCGAGGAUGCAGCAGAGGAGGUCUAUAAGCCUACGGAAGAAGAGAUCAAAGAACGUAACCUCAGGCGGGAACAGAGCGAGCGUGCAUCACAGCUUAUCGGACAAAAGAUGUUACAAGGUUGGGCCAUGUUACAGGAUCCAUGUCCUAAUCCUUCAUGUCAUGGUGUACUGUUAUUGAGAAGUCGUGAGAAGAAGGAGUACUGUGUUAUUUGUGAGACUUUUUUCCAACGAGAGCAGGAUUUGGAGCAAGGGAAAUAUACCAUUGUGUCCUCUAGUACAAAUAGUACUGCUACUCCUGCUGCGACUACAACUGCAUCUGGUGCUGCUACCGCAAAUUCAACAUCUACUCUACCCAAACCAGCACCACCCAGCAAUGCUGCAUCACAGCCCGCAGCCCUCGCUGCUUUUCCUUCACCGCCUCAAGUGCCAUCACCAGUUGCCCCUCCUCAGCACCAAAGCGUUACCGGCAUCGCUUCACCUCCAAAUAAGGCUGUAUCGUCACCCAUCCCAGCUCCAUUCCAGGGUCGCACCCAACGUGAGCUUCUCGGUCGCAUCUCUAACCCAAUCAACCUCCCGCCUGCUGGCUUGCCCAGUUUUGCAGCACCCACACAGCAGAUGCUUGGAAAGCAUUUGAACGAGGAUGUAGAGAAGCCUCCUACCGAGGAUGAAGAGACUAGAAAACAGCAAAUCAUCCGUAGAGGAAGCGAAUUUUCAAAUAGGUCUCUUCCUCCUGUCCCAGGAUCUCCAGCACCACCUUCCACCCCUGCAGGUGCUCGACCGAUGUCAACUUACUCCAAUCCCUCCGACAACGCAUCUGAAAGCGAACGUCAGGAGCCAAAGUAUCAUCGUCAUCGUCACACCCAUGCUCAGGGAUCAUCCCAUAAUGGACAGCAAGGUGAAACCAGUGCGCCAACUGCUCCCCCUCCUCCUCUCUCGCCUGAGGUGCAGGCUCUGGUGGCGGCAACGCAAAAGACAAUCGCGACGAUUCUUGUGAAGCUCGAGACUUAUCGUCUGGCUCUUGAGUUGUCAGAAAGCCCAAAAGAAUGCCAGAUCUUAACCAGCCAAAUUAAGGGACUUAUGGAGUGUCUGAAAGCAUGUCGCGAGACUCUUUAGUGCAUCUUUAUCGUCAUCCCAUACUAAACUAAUUUUUUCAAAGUGCCUUUCGUACAACGUUUGAUACGUUAACAUGUCGAUCAUGAUGACAAUUACAACCACAGCGUGUCUUUCAGUAACGUUAAUCGAUGCUGAUUCUAUGCUAAUGAUCUCAUUUUUCAUUGCUAUUUUCACUUCACCACUUUUUUUAUCAUUAAUGUUACGAAUAAUAUCAAUAAAAU